GAUAAGCCUCCGAUGCAAUCACUUGUGUUAAGAAAUUGAGAGAAUGUUGAUAUAAACUGUUCCCUGAGCCAUAUGGAAAGCUGUAUCUUCUGCAGGUUGCUUGUUGGUGUACAACUCAGACUUGGAGCUGGAGGGCAUUUUGGGGGCCCCUUAAAGAUCCAAGCAUUGCGAAACAAGACUGUAGGAAUAGUUGGGGAGCAAGCGACACACAGGAGAGUAGAGCUGUGGACCUAUUGUAAGCCCCACCCCUGAGGGCAGAGCAGAACAUAUACUUGGUUAAGUGAAGGUUACAACCAAGAGUUUUAAAGGGAGAGGACCUGGGCUGUGCAACCUGUUUCUCCUUCCAAACUCACCAAUUAGAUGGGACAUUCCUGUGAUAGAGGAGUGAGUGUAUCAAGAGGCCAGAAGUGUUUUGGGUAUCGAUGUCUCUCCACAUAGAAGAAAAUAUUAAGAAUGGUGGACAAGCAGUACCUAAGCUGGAGCGGGGUAGAGGCAGGCCAGCACCCACUUCUGACCUCCAGUGCCGCCGGCCUCAAGAUCAGACAUGGCCCAGAACUUGAAGGACUUGGCGGGACGGCUGUCCGCCGGGCCCCGGGGCAUGGGCACAGCACUGAAGCUGUUGCUGGGGACCAGCGCCAUGGCCUAUGGUGUCCGUGAAUCCGUGUUCACUGUGGAAGGUGGGCACAGAGCCAUCUUCUUCGAUUGGAUCGGUGGAGUGCAGCAGGACACUAUCCUGGUCGAGGGCCUUCACUUCAGGAUCCCCUGGUUCCAGUACCCCAUUAUCUAUGACAUUCAGGCCAGAUCUCGAAAAAUCUCCUUCCCUAUAGGCUCCAAAGACCUACAGAUGGUGAAUAUCUCCCUGCAAGUGCUGUGUCGACCCAAUGCUCAGGAGCUUCCUAGCAUGUACCAGCGCCUAGAACUGAACUACGAGGAAUGAGUGUUGCUGUCCAUUGUCAACGAGGUGCUCAAGAGUGUGGUGGCCAAGUUCAAUGCCUCACAGCUGAUCACCCAGCGGGCCCGGGUAUCCCUGUUGAUCCGCCGGGAGCUGACAGAGAGGGCCAAGGACUUCAGCCUUAUCCUGGAUGAUGUGGCCAUCACAGAGCUGAGCUGUAGCAGAGAGUACACAGCUGCUGUAGAAGCCAAACAAGUGGCCCAGCAGGAGGCCCAUCAGGCCCAAUUCUUGGUAGAAAAAGCGAAGCAGGAACAGCGGCAGAAAAUUGUGCAGGCCGAGGGUGAGGCUGAGGCUGCCAAGAUGCUUGGAGAAGCACUGAGCAAGAACCCUGGCUACAUCAAACUUCGUAAGAUCCGAGCAGCCCAGAACAUCUCCAAGACGAUCGCCACAUCACAAAAUCAUAUUUAUCUCACGGCUGACAACCUCCUGCUGAACCUACAGGAUGAAAGUUUCACCAGAGGAAGUGAUAGCCUCAUCAAGGGUAAGAAAUGAGCCUUGUCACCAAGAACUCCACCCCCAGAGGAAGUGGAUCUGCUUCUCCAGUUUUUGAGGAGCCAGCCAGGGGUCCAGCACAGCCCUACCCCACCCCAGUAUCAUGUGAUGGUCCCCCACACCGGUCCCCUGAACCCCUCUUGGAUUAAGGAAGACUGAAGACCAGCCCGUUUUCUGGGGAAUUACUUUCCUCCUCCCUGUGUUAACUGGGGCUGUUGGGACAGUGUGUGAUUUCUCAGUGAUUCCCUACAGUGUUGUUCCCUCCCUCAAGGCUGGGAGGAGAUAACCACCAACCCAGGAAUUCUCAAUAAAUUUUUAUUACUAAA